CCGAUUUUCAGCCACUCGGCACGCGGCUUGUCUCGUAUAUGUAUCGACUGAAUUUCAGUCGGAUCGUUGCUAUGUCAUAAGCUGUUUCUCGUGUUUGCAUUCUUUGUCGCACAAGAGAUGUCGUUCGAGAUAAAAUUAGUGCAGGAGAUUGAAAAAUAUGAGCAUCUUUACAACUCUAAGCUGGCUGAACACUCAAGGAAGGACCUUGUUGAGCAAUCGUGGGAGGAUAUUUCACAUAAAGUGAAUCAUACGGUUCCUGAAUGCAAGGAGAAAUGGCGAAACAUAAGGUGCUCGUUUCUCAGAAGCUUGAAAGCGGCACCAAUGGGAUCAAAACCGAAAAAGCCGUAUUAUUUAAAAGAGUAUCUGCAUUUCAUUUUACCUUACCUCAAACCAUACAUCAAUUCUGGCAAAACCAACAGUAUUCAAACUAAGCUGGAAAAUACAGCAGCGGACUCAGAAUUCAGUAUUCACAGUGAAGAUUUGCAAAUUGAUGAUUACGUUGAGAAUGAAGAUACUUUUGUUGACACUGUAAGAACGUCUGCUUUAAUCGAUGAAGACGAUGGGAGUAUAGAUCUUUUCACGUCAUCUGACCGAAAGCGGAGGCGCUCAAUGACAGAAGUUGAGCAAAGUAUUGUUAACUAUUUGGACAGUAAGAGAAAGAAAAUUGAAAACAAUAGCAAGGAAACUGCAAAAAGCGAGGACUGUGAUGCUGCACGUUACUUUUUAUUAAGUUUAUUACCUGAUAUGGCGAGUAUGACACAUGCGCAGCAAAGAUUUUUUAGGAUCAAGGUAAUGACUCUUAUAGACGAAAUCCACUCAAAUUUUGAACAGUGCAAAUCUAACCAUUUGAAUGCUUCUACUAUUGUACAGAAAUGAUGAGCUUCAUAGAUCCAAACGGGAUACAAAACAUCUUCGAUGUCAUAUUUGGUGAUAUCAAUACUAUCUACUUACUUUUAAACAUAAUUUUCACGUACAAAUUGCAACAAACUUUGAAUAAUCAUUAUUAUACUUGCUUGUACAUUCCUAGAAAUAAACUGCAUUUAAUAAAGCUGCAAAG